UUCACCUGCGGAGGCGCGAGGCUCUCACUCACUCACUCACUCCUUGGACCCACAGCAAAAGGUCCCACUCUGAAUACUGAGGGGAGGUUGGAGUACGCGAUGCAAACUCUGAGGGGAAAAGCUCUGGUCUUUCUCCUUUUGGCUGACUUGGCCAUCGCAGUCAUGUCACAGGAAAUGAUGGGCAACGUGAUGUCCGAGGGCAACGCCACCACGAUGGGCAUUCCACGCAUGACCCCAGAGUUCAAGGAGAUGGCCAAGAAACUGAUGCUCAAGUGCUCUAAAAUGGGACACCAGCCACCAGCUAUGCCAGAGCCGGCAUACAACAGCUCUGUGGAAGAGGAGGAGAUGAUGCCCUCUCUCUUCUCCUCUCUCCUGUCCUCCCUCUCCUCUAGUCCUCCUUUUCCCACUCUUACUUCCUCACGAUCGGCACGUCUGUCCAACAGCUCAGUGGACAGGCCUGACAUGGAAGCGGACUGGAAUGUCACUGAGCAGCUGUUGAACGUCACCACUCUGCCCGAGAUGAUCGACAUCAUGAAGAACUCUACAGAGCAGCCGCGCUGUUUCAUGCAAACGUUCAUCUCUCCAGUGGCCUGGUCAGCCGUCAUCCAGAAUGGCCUGUGGGUCCCGAUAGAGGACCUGUCCAAGCUGCUGUGGGCGGCCAGGCCCUACCUGGAGAACAUGCCCCCCCACUACAUAGACCUGCCCCCGAGCCCAGACCAGCUCCAUAUGGCUGAGAUGAUGAAGAUGUUUAGUGAAGUGUUUAGCUCUCUGUCAGAGGAGCAGAGGGACCAGAUCAGAGAAUGGGUGAAAGCCAGUGUGCUGGAGAAUGAGUUCAACUGCACUCACAGCAGCCCUGCCCAGAGACCCAAACGCCCACACCCCUGGAGCAUGGGAGCCAAACCAACACCAGGUGGGCCUGGAGCACUGGGAGCGCUUCUGCACGACCCAAACUCCCUCUUGGACUCAGGAGGUCCGAAUCGUGUCCGUUGCCCCCAGAGGCAGCCCUGGCUGAACAUCAAGGUGCUGAGGAUCAUGGGACGCUUCCUGUCCCGUCUGCCUCCACAGGAAGUGAAGACUAUCCCGUCAGAAGAGCUCUGCCAGUUCUUUCGGAGCCAAAGCGUCUCUCACUCCUUCCAGAGGGUGGGGGCCAUCAAGGCCUCUUUGGGCAGGACUCUCAUGAGCAGACUCAAAACAUGCUUCUCAAGCACACAGGAACUCCUGCAACAUACUGCAAGCUUGGGUUCGCUGGCCUGCUUCUAUGAUGGUGGGGUGUCGUCUCUGAACAAGACCAUGAGCAAGGGUCUACUGUCUCAGCUGGAGGAGUGCCAGAAUUCAGCCAGCAAAAAGACUGACCCGCUUCUCAGCCCAGGCUCUGGCCAGCACCCUGCCCAGCCUCAGCAGAACCCUCAGGAGCUGCUCCAGGCCAAAACCCUGGCCAAGGCCCUGCUGAAGACCCAGAUCUCCAGCUCUGUGCUGCUGUCUCUGGGGACGGUGGCGCGUGGUGUGGCCAGCUCUGAGCUCCAGACCCUGCCUGGCGAGGAGCUCCUGAGGGGGGAGGAGAGGGAGCGGCUGGAGAGGGUCAGCCAGAUGAUGUCCACUCUGCAGAGGAUGGCGCUACUGAAGGGGAUGCGCAGCUCUGUGAACGUGUCGGCGCUGGUUCUGAGCGUCCCCGCGCCGCUGCUGUCCAGCCUGUCCCUGAGCACCCUGGGCCGGGCCCGGCUCACCUCCAUAGAGCAGCUGGAGGCGCCAAGUGGACAUGCGAUGCUGGAGUGCAGCCACAGGCCGGUGCCUGAUGCAUACAGAGCCGAUGUGGUCUGGACCCGCUCAGGUGUGCUAGAAUACAGGAUGCUUGGUCAGGCUAUACAGGGCGUGACCUGUGAGAUGAUUGACAGCCUGAUCCAAAACGAGACCAUGGAAAGCGUGGAGGCCCUCUCUCAGUCCUCUGGCUGGCUGGACAAAACACAGAUCGGCUGUGCUGCACGUCAGCUGUUCCAUACGCUGGAGCAGAACAGGACAGACUACUUCAGCAGCAUCACCAAGGAGGAGCUGCAGAGCAUCCCAGCAACCAUGCUCAUUCACCUGCCGGCUCAGAGGAUCCAGGGUCUGCCCGUCUCCGUCUGUGGGGUGUUCCUGGACAAGAUGGCGGCCGUGAGCCUCUCCUGUCUGCCCCACAGCUCCUCUUCACGCUCUGCCCUCACUCAGAGAGCACUGGACUGCCUGGGCAAGAACCUGUCUGAGGCGUCCAGCGAGGAGGUGCAGUCCCUGGGGCCCUUGCUGUGUGAGCUGCCCCCCCCCCAGCUGCGGUUGCUGGCCCCUGAGGUCCUCAACAGCACGCUUCUGGAGCUCACCGCCUGCCCUUACAUCCCACGCAGCUACAGGGCCCAGCUCUUCAGCAUGGUCACAGACACGUUUGGGCAACCAUCAGACUGGUCAGAGGAGGAUAUGAUGUCACUCAGGCCGUUCCUCCUGCUGGAUAACUCCACUCUCAGAACACUCCCAAAUAGGCCCUGGCUGAGAUCAUCCCUCUCUGAUUUGAUUGACAGCCUACCUGCCCUAUCCUCCACUGUGGUCCCGGAGGAGUUCCGCCCCCGGCCUGACCUGUCCACUCUGCGCUGGAAGCUCUUUGUCUUGACCACCAGAGAGGACGGCCAGAGCAGCACUGCUGGCCAGCGCAGGAGGAGGAGAGAGGCCAUGGCAGUGGGCGGCCCCACAUCGGACCUGAUUGAGGAGCUGGGUCGGGGCAAUGUGUUCUGGAGUCCAGCCCAGCUGGCCAAUAUGUCCUGCGAGACCUUCACCGCGUCCUCCUCCCAACUGGGCGAGAUACGGGACUUUAGCGAUGAACAGCUUGCCGCUCUCCGUCAGAAAGUUAUAGAGUCCUUGGGCCCUGUGGGGCAGCUGAAUGAGAGCCAGGUGUUGGAGCUGGGCUGUGUCUCUCAGGGCUUCAGCGCUCAGGAGCUGCGGCAGCUCAACAUCUCAACACUGGACACACUAGAGCUGCUGUCCACCUGCAGAUGGACCCAAGCACAGAGGAGAGCCGUGUGGCAGGGCUUCAAGGAGCGCACGGGCAUGUGUGCGGCCCAGCUAGAGGAGCUGGACAUCGUGGGCUUGGGCCAGUUCAUCUGUGGGCUGGAGCCAGAGGAGAUCCGGCAGCUCAGCAACCACUCCUUCAGGGAGGCUGCAGAGGUGGUGGGCUACACCCCAUGUGAUAAGCCUCAGCUGGAGAGCUUCAAGAGGAAGGCUGUGCUGGUGUUUGGGGAGCCUCAGAGCUGGAGCGAGGGGCAGGUCACCUCCCUGGGGAACAUCCUGGCUGGUCUGGAGGCAGCAGAGCUGCGGAGUCUGACCCCAUCCGUGUUCUGCUUCAUCAAGGCCUCUGCCAUCCCUCUCAUCCCCCCCCACGCACUUGGCUGUGAGUUCCUGGCUCUCUCGGUCAGCCAGCUGCAGGCGCUGGGUCCUGACAACGCCGCCAUGGUUACGGAGGCUCAGCGAGCGGAGCUAGGGGCGGAGCAGAGGAAGGGUCUGGCUGACGCGCUGGGAGUGGCCUAUAUCCGUGCCGGGGAGCCCAGCUCAGGAGGCUCUCAGAGCUCCCCAGUGCCCCAGACCGGAGGUUCCACCAGUCACACCAUGAGGGGAAUCCUGAAGCCCUUACUGCUUCUGGUACUAGGAUUGAUGUUAGAUUAGUCUAUUAUCUGGAUUUAUGUUAGAUUAGUCUAUUAUCUGGAUUUAUGUUAGAUUAGUCUAUUAUCUGGGUGUCUGGAAAUGUAACAUCUGAAAAUGUAACUACAUAGGUUACUUGGAGAUACAUAUUUGGCAGAGUUAGUUAUCCUAAUCAGGGACUGGUUUUAGGAUGUCCUUUCCUGAGUACAUCAGGUGAAAGGACUUAUGUACACUGACUGGGCAAUUUGAUGUUACGAAGAAAAUGACAUGGUUUCAGGGACCGCAUGCCAACACAAGAAAAGAUCAUAUAAGCUCUACUCUAUAUUCAUAUAUCAACGCUUCAUGUACUUAUAUAUUUAUAUUCAUCAUCUAUAACUCUGUGUUGAAUGUUAUAAUAGUGAUAUACAUGCUGUAUAUGGGACAUGGGCACUUUUGAUGGAGCUGCAACAUGCCUAGAUUAGUUGAUCUUUCACACCAUGUUACCGUAGCUCCUUAGUGUAGACACACACAUACACACACACACACUCUUGGCUGUGGGGAUGAUCGAAGAACGGUUGUCUACCAGAUGUGGUCUGACUACAUGGAAGAACUGGAGCAGGAUGUUAGCUGCACAUCAAAUGCAAUGAAAGUUUAGGACACACAUUUAAUAAGAGCCUGA